CUCCCUCUCGCGCUACCAGGAAAUACAAUGUAAUAGCUUCAGAAAUGAAACACACGCAAACGCUGGUCAGAAAAAUUAAUUUAUAUUAACAACAUGGCACCUCUUUUAAAUGUUAUUUUCACGUUCUCAGCUCUGUGCGGAUCCACAGUGGUGUCAGGAAUCCUCAGAGGACCCAGAAAUGUCCGACUCAGCUCUUAUAACAUGGACUUGGUGUUGAGUUGGGAUCCACCUGAAGGAGCAGCCCCCAACCUGCUGUACACUACUGGGUACACAACUAAGUACGCCAUAUCCUUAUCCCAUCCCUAUGAAGAUGGCUGUGUGAACAUCUCUGCCCUCAGAUGUGACUUCACCGAUCUCAACAUCCCCUUAAGCGAGUAUGGAAAGUAUACCGGCAGAGUGAGGGUGCAGUCAGCCACAGAGCACUCAGACUGGGUGGAAAGUAACCAGAUUACAAUGGACAUGAACACUAUCAUUGGUCCACCCACGGUGUCCCUCAUGUCUAAUGGGCCUACUAUUGAAGUAAGCAUUGAGGACCCAGUGUUUAGGAUCUCAGCGCUCAGGAAUGCAUACUCCUUCAUCACCUACAACAUUACUUUCUGGAAGGAUGGAGAGAAGGAAAAGGCCAGAAGCAUGAGCAACAUACAGCAAAACCGGGUGGUUCUGUCUGAGCUGGACCUCUGGACCAAGUACUGUGUCCAAGUGCAGAUCAACACAAAUUGGAACAUCACUCCCAGCGAACUCAGCGGCCCUGUCUGUGAGAGCACUACUAGUGAAAACACUCCAUGGGUGGCAGCAUUGGUGACAUUUGUUGUCAUGGCAGUAGUUGUGAUUGUGGUUGCGAUUGCCGUGGUGUAUCGAAAAAGGAUGUCCUACAUUCUGUGUCCAAAUGUGUCGUUGCCUCCACACUUGAAAGAGCAGCUGAUGGAGCCCCCAAGCUCUUUCAUCUACCUGGCGAUGCUCAACUCCAAACCGCCCGAGGAGACUUACCACCAGGUCAGCUUCAUUACAGAUGGCAGACCUGUGGUGGAAGAGCACCCCCCAGAGGCAGCAGAGAACAGCAGCAGCAGACAGCUUGAUGUCACAGUAAACAGAGGCGUCCAUGAGGAAACACAAAUCAGAAUUGUGGACUGAAGCAAUUAAGAACAAUCAAGGAGGAGUCGGUAAAGCAGCUAAAAAGCUUUUGUUUGCUCUUUAAAAGAGAGGCGUCGGGGUCAGUGAUGGGGCCAUGUUUGCCCUCAGAGGUUUUUUUUUUUCUUCAGGUUUUUCGCAGUUAAGUGCACUGCAGAUGUGCAGGUGCAAGACUGAAACCUCAUCCUGUGGGUGUUAUUGAAGUGGUGCACGACCUCGUGUUUGUUACACUGAAGGAGUUGCACAUUCUGUAAUAUUAGAAAACUGCUUAGGCACACUAAAUCCACACACUCAGCCAUGUACGAGGAGUGGAAACAAAAAUAAAUUAACAUUGAAGAAAUGUUGGCGUCAUUUGAAUGUAAAUAAAGUGAUAACAUAAAUAUCUGCAAA